GUUACGCGUGCGGUUUGAAACGGAAUUCGAUUGUUAGAUUAGAAGUUUUCCUUCCGGUUUGGAAAACAGUUUUUGGUGCCAUCUUGGGAAAGUGAUAGCUCCCUUCUGGUGAUGAGCCAGUAGCUGGAGUCUUCUUCCGUGAGCUGGAUAUCUGGAAGAAGAUCAUCACUUGAACAACUUUGAAACGAGAAGAAAAAACUACCACUUAUCGAAAUCAUGUGCUAAAUUUCCCGCCACGAUCUUUAAUCCAGAAUUUGCGGCUGCAGAUUCUGCCUAGCAAUGAAGUUUCGAAUCAAGCAUACGGUUUUGCCGUUGCUGCUAUUAGCUGUGAUACUAGUGGAUCAAAUCCGGUGCGAUGAGGAUGCGAAACCGGAUGUGCCGAAACCGGUGAAGAAGAAAAGCAAAAAAGUCGCCAGGCUAAAGGCGAAAGCAACACCGGUCAAGAAAGCUGCUCCUCGCAGGGAACGACCGCAGGCCGAUGCACCGCCUGCGUAUCCGGAAUACGAAAACUACGAAAACUAUGACUACGGGGAGCAGGAUGGGGAGGAUGAAGAAGUUAACAGAGCAACUGAAUCGUCGUUUCGUCAGCCGGAUGACGAAAUCCCACGCGCAGUAACUGCCAGCCCACCAGAGCCCAUCGUUCAGCCGUUCACGUGCUACCAUGAAGGCAAAUGGUACCGGGAAAGGGACCAGUUCCAGACCGGAUACAAGGGCUGCGCCACGUGUCAGUGCAAAAAUAGCGAAGUAGUUUGUGAUGAAGCCGACUGUCCCCGAAACAUCGAAACGACCCCACGACCGACAACCACAACCACAACGACAACAACCACAACACCAGCUCCGGUUUAUGAUGCCGCUCAAUUGGGAAAUCGAGUCCCUGCUGGACCACCUGGUCAACCAGGUUCACCCGGAGACUCGGGCAUUCCGGGAACUCCGGGUAAUCCGGGAACUCCUGGUCUACCGGGCCCUCCAGGUCCCGCACCAGAUUUAACCUUCUUCACUCAGCAGCUUCAGGAUUCCAUGGCCGGUUCCGAUAAAGGACCGUCUCCGGAAAACUUUCAAUUCAUGCAAGCUCAAGUUGGACCGGUUGGACCAAGAGGUCCUCCGGGUCCAUCCGGUGUAACUGGACCUCAAGGUUUUCAAGGAACACGUGGAGAACCCGGUGAUUCGGGACCACCGGGUGUUGCUGGACCUCCUGGCCCUAGAGGUUUACCCGGACCACCUGGGAAGGAUGGAGCUCCCGGAGAUGAUGGAGAAGCUGGACCUCAAGGCUCGUCAGGUGCUCCUGGACCUCGAGGACUGCCAGGUCUACCGGGUGUCCCUGGAGUCAAAGGUCACCAGGGAUUGCCAGGUCUAGAAGGACCCAAAGGAGAAAUCGGAAAUCCUGGAGAAAAAGGAUCAGUAGGAGCUGUUGGACCGACUGGUGCACUUGGUCCAGUUGGACCAGCAGGACCACGAGGAGAGCGAGGAAGAGAAGGACCCCCGGGCCCCAACGGUUUACGUGGUAUAGAUGGCAUUGCUGGACCCCCUGGUCAACCUGGACCAGUUGGCAAGCCUGGACCUCCUGGAUUCCCCGGAACGCCAGGAAACAAGGGAGAUAUGGGAGGACAAGGACCGAAAGGAAGUCAAGGACCUCAAGGUCCUCGAGGUGAAUCUGGAAGACCAGGACAGCCUGGUGAACCAGGAUUAAAUGGUCCACCGGGAAAAGAUGGUGCUGCGGGUGAAAAAGGUUCAAAUGGGUCACCCGGAAUUGCAGGUCCACCUGGUUUCCCAGGUCCUCGCGGUGCUCCCGGAGCAAACGGAAGCCCUGGUGAAACAGGCUCUAAAGGAGAACCGGGUCUACCCGGUGAACGAGGCUACAAGGGAGAAUCUGGAAUCAAGGGAGAAGCUGGUGUACCAGGAGCUCGAGGUCUUCCGGGAGCAGUUGGUCCCGAGGGAAAACGCGGAAAACGAGGUAUGAAAGGUCCCACUGGACUUCAUGGUCCUCAAGGAGAACGAGGUUUACCAGGCGUUCCUGGUUUACCUGGACCUGAUGGAGCUCAAGGUAUCAAGGGUCAGUCCGGGGAUCGAGGUGCACAAGGACCACAGGGAACUAAAGGUUCUACUGGAGAUCCAGGUGCUCCUGGACCGCCAGGAAUCCAAGGACUGCGAGGAGCAACUGGACGAGCGGGUGCUCAAGGCAAAGCAGGUUCACCCGGUGAACGAGGUCCACCAGGAGCAGAUGGAAAAGUUGGUGAACCAGGAUUACAAGGACUGCAAGGUUUACCGGGACCAAUCGGUCUUCCAGGCGAUAAAGGUUUCCCAGGAGAGCCUGGAAAGGAUGGAGACAUCGGACCUUCAGGUGCCCCUGGUCCUCGUGGUGACGCCGGAAAAGAUGGACCACCAGGAAAUCUUGGACCUCCAGGACCACCUGGAAACGAUGGAGAUCGUGGUCCACCGGGACCUGCUGGUCCAAGAGGAUUCCAAGGUCUUCCGGGGACUUCGGGUAAUCCGGGAGCUCCUGGAAAAGAUGGUCAAACUGGACAGCCAGGCCCAGCAGGGCCAUCCGGUCAACCAGGUAUCAGAGGAGAGCGUGGUUUCCCUGGAGAAAGAGGACCUAUCGGUACACCUGGAACUCCAGGUCUACGAGGAGAACCUGGAGCUCAAGGAAAUGAUGGACCUCCAGGAUCACCGGGACCAGUCGGUAUGAAAGGACAUCAAGGAGCGCCGGGUAUUAUUGGUAUGCCUGGUUUGAGAGGCCCUGCAGGACCCGCUGGUGAAAAAGGUGAGCGGGGCUCCCAAGGACCCGUCGGUCCAGAAGGUCCUGCCGGUAGAACAGGCGAACGAGGUUUACAAGGACCCGUUGGGCCAACGGGUCCUCCAGGUGAACCAGCUGAAAAGGGAGAACCUGGUACUCCAGGAACUCCAGGCGAACCGGGUGCUCCAGGAGCUGUGGGUGAGCGUGGUCCAGUAGGACCCCAAGGUCUGCAAGGUUUCCCAGGCCCACAAGGGCCAAGUGGCUCCUCAGGACCUAAAGGUGACCGUGGAUCUAUGGGCCUGAAGGGUGAACAAGGAACCAGUGGAAAUCCAGGAGUGCCCGGAGAACCUGGACCCCAGGGCUUGAUUGGUUUGACUGGAAGUAAGGGUGCACGUGGUGAGCCAGGAUUGCGAGGAGAAACGGGAUCAAUGGGUGGACCUGGACGACCAGGUGAUCCGGGUGCUGCUGGUCAACCAGGAAACCCAGGACCACCAGGAACAGCUGGUAUUCCAGGGCAAAAAGGCAAUCCUGGAGACACAGGUCGACCGGGAAAUCCAGGACCACAAGGUUUACCUGGACAGCAGGGUCCGGAAGGGCUUAAAGGCAUGGCCGGCAGUGAUGGCCCUCCUGGUGCACCGGGCAACCCUGGACCACAAGGAGCUCAUGGCGAUAGAGGAUUACCGGGUCUGCCAGGACCAAGUGGUCAACCUGGAGCUCAAGGAUUACGAGGAGCAGCCGGUGAACCAGGACAACCUGGUAAACCUGGACACGAUGGUCCACCAGGAGUCCAAGGUAUUGCCGGUCCACCAGGACCUCCUGGAGCAGCAGGAGAUCCUGGUGUUGAGGGUCCUCCCGGAAAGCAAGGUCCACCUGGAAUAUCAGGACGUGUUGGUGAUAAGGGGCCAAUGGGAGCUCCUGGAGCUCAAGGAAUCUCUGGAGCACCUGGUCUUCCAGGGCCACCGGGACCACAGGGGCCAAUCGGACAAACUGGUGAACGCGGUUUGCGUGGAGAAACAGGACCUCAAGGAACUGAAGGUCCUCCGGGUCCACGUGGAAAAAUUGGCCCGCCCGGUUUGGAAGGACCUAAGGGUGACAUCGGAGAAUCUGGACAAAAGGGUACUAAAGGUCACCGCGGUCUCAUUGGUCUUCAGGGUUUGCCUGGUACAGCGGGUCCUCCAGGAGAAAAGGGAGAAACUGGGUUACCAGGUCAACCAGGUAAACCGGGCGAAUCUGGUCCACGCGGACCACCCGGACGUGACGGAUCUCCUGGACCUCAGGGACUGUUGGGUACUGCUGGACCACGUGGUCCUUCUGGAAACGACGGCAAACCUGGUCAGCCUGGCCAACCUGGUCCUCCGGGUCCACCUGGUCCUCCAGGAGAUGGUAUGGGCUAUGAUGCUGCAGCACUGGCUGCUCUUCUAGGUCAUGGACAAGUAAGCAAUACCAAGGGACCAAACCCUAGCAUGGGUGAUGAACCUAUGCAGUUCAACAAAGUAUUCGAUCUCACUGAUGAGGAACGCAGACAGUUGGUAGAAACAGCUUACGAAAGGCUCAAAACGGCAUUCGUCACCUUCAAGAAGCCGGACGGCAAACAAACAUCGCCAGCUAAAACUUGCAGAGAUCUUUUUGCCGCAUAUCCGGAAUACACUUCCGGACACUAUUGGAUUGAUCCCAAUGAGGGUGACGUUAGAGAUGCUAUCUUGGUGUAUUGUGAUGCUGAACAUAAAGCAUCUUGCGUGCUGCCACAACCUCUGCGAACGAAAGAACUACACUACACUGGUGAAGAAAGUGAAGUAUGGUUGGGUGAAAUGGAAACGGGAAUGAAGAUCACCUACAAGGCUGACAGCAACCAAAUCGGAUUCUUACAGCUUCUAUCGGCAUCUGCUUCUCAGAACAUUACUUAUCAUUGCAAGAACAGCGUUGCUUUCUAUAACAAAGACAAGAACAGCUAUCGUCAAAGUUUGAAGCUGUUGGCUUGGAAUGAUGCCGAACUGACUGCCAGAGGACCACAACGGUUAAGGUACGAGGCCUUACAGGACGAAUGUCAAUACCGAGCACCGAACUAUGCCCAAUCUAUCCUUGCCUAUAAGACGGAAAAACCAACGAGACUUCCCAUCAUUGAUAUUGCCGUGCGGGAUGUGGGAGAAUCCAAUCAACAGUUCUGGAUCGAAAUAGGAGCUGUGUGUUUCUACUAAAAAACAAAGAAUCGAACAAUGCAUAAUGCCAUAGAAAAAAAGACUCCAAAGCCUGUUGGCCAAAGAAGAAAAAAAUGAAUCAAGUAAAGAAAAUUUAAAAAAAAUACUCAAACGAUUAUUCCUGGUUAAAACGGGAUCAUGAUCCAUACUGCCAAUCGGUGAUGAAAAAAACAAACAGGUCAAAGUGAUAUCAAAUCUUGCAACAAGAUUUUACAGCUAAGAUUAGCGUAGGUUCCCCUCUCUUUUGUAGUUUUUAGCUUUGUAAGAAACUGUGUGUGUACAAAUG